AUGGCUGUUUUGAGUGAAUGCGUAGGGGACAGUGGGGUAGAUAUGGUAUCUGUUCUGGAAGACAGUGAUGGAAUUGAGAGUGCCAAUGUUCUCCAUAUUAGUACAAUUCGAGGAUAUACUAUCAUUGAAGAAUCGAGAGGGGUUUUAUUUGAGGCUCAACCAGACCACGAUUUUGGUAUGUUGAUCUCGAGAGAGGUAUUUAACUGGCCUUUGAUUUUGGAGAAGUCUCUUCAUUCAAUAGAAAUCAGGUUCAAGGCCGCAUCAUAG